GGAGGGGGGAGAACGGUGCUCGGUUCGGGUGCGUGCCGGCUGCGCUCCCCGUUGGCGGUCCUUAGCGCUUGUAGUACAGCUGGCGUGGGCUCAGCUGCUUUCAUCGGGUCUGUUUCAGUAACCGAGCCACUUCACUCUUUGUGUUAUGCGCUGUUAAAGUCUACUGGUUCUUUCUGCAUGGGGAGUUUUUGCCAUCAGGAAUGUCCUCAGAUGAGAGAUAAAAUGUAAAGUAACUCGCAGAAUUGGCUACUCUAUAAGUGAUCGCUUCAAGUCCAAGUUCAGGGAGGGUACAAAUUCUCUGGAGGCUUCACUGCCGGUUGCGUUAAAGCUUUAAAAUAUCGGCUUGUGAGAGGAGAAUGACUUGGAAGAUGUUGGGACAUUGUUUUGAAAAUAAGUGCUUAAAGUGAGGGAAGAAAAACAGUGUGAUUAUCAUCUCAGAACAUUCCCAAUCCAGUAUUUCGUUUUUGACUGCAUUCAGAUGCCUUCUGCUUGCAAAGCUGCUGAAAUGUGUUGAGCACUGCCUCUCAUCUCCUAACCAUGAACAGUUCAAAAUCACCAGGGCUGGCUGGAUUUGGAAUCUUAAAAAACACAACCUGCCACACGGAGAAGAAGAUUUCUGUUUUCUUUUCAAUAAUUUUCAUGACAGUGGGAAUUUUGUCCAACAGUCUCGCAAUAGCAAUUCUCAUGAAAGCGUAUCAGAGAUUUAGACAGAAGUCCAAAGCCUCUUUUUUGCUUCUUGCUAGUGGCUUGGUCAUCACCGAUCUCUUUGGCCACCUCAUCAACGGAGCCAUCGCAGUGUUUGUGUAUGCAUCGGACAAAGACUGGAUUCGGUUUAACCAGUCCAACAUUCUUUGCAGUGUUUUUGGCAUCUGCAUGGUUUUCUUUGGUUUGUGCCCACUUUUCCUGGGCAGUGUGAUGGCUGUUGAACGUUGCAUUGGAGUCACCAAGCCAAUAUUUCACUCCACAAAAAUGACUUCUAAACAUGUGAAAAUGAUGUUGACUAUGGUAUGUCUGUUUGCUGUUCUUAUAGCUUUGCUGCCUAUUCUUAGGUUUAGAGCCUACCAAAUUCAAGCAUCGAGGACCUGGUGCUUCUAUAAAACAGAACAUGUUGAGGACUGGGAAGACAGAUUUUAUCUCUUACUUUUUUCUUGCCUUGGGUUACUGGCCCUUGCUAUUUCAUUCUUGUGCAAUGCUGUCACAGGAAUUACCCUCUUAAGGGUCAAAUUUAAAAGUCAACAAAGACAAGGCAGAUCACAUCAUUUUGAAAUGAUCAUUCAGCUCUUGGCUAUAAUGUGUGUUUCUUGCAUUUGCUGGAGUCCAUUCCUGGUAAGAGCCUAAUGUGUUUGCCAAUUUUUAAUGCACGUCACUGUAUAAAACUUAUACUUUUAAUCUCCAGGUUUAAAGGUGAUUUAGCUCCAGUCAUAUUUCAAUUUAUUUAUUUUACAGCAUGUUGCCUGUGAUGUAUGUACAUUUGCUUCUAUAUCAAAAUUACUAAUUAUUCUUUACCUCUGGUUGUAAGUGAAGUACAUUGAGCAAAUAAGAUGUGUAGGGAAUGUGAAUACCGGUGCUGUGAAGUAGACGGUGGUAGCAGAGGGGUAGUGGAAUAAUCUAAAACAAAUAUUGACCUCCAAAAAUUCGCUGAAAUCUUGGAGUGGCAAUUCUAUUUAGUCUGUACUGUGGUUCCUGUCAGUUUUUAUUUAUGCUAGCCUGUUCUUUGUUAUUAUUACAGUUUACUGCUACUUGCGAACUAUGCUACAGAAGAUAACAGUUAAGAACAUAAAAAUUCUCCAUUCCAUUAGCAGGGUAUUAAGGGCUUUGCUUUAGAGUUAUGUAAAAAAAAACAGCAGUUGGCAGUAGGUUAAUGUAAAAAUUUGGUUCAGACCUGAUCAAGCUAUGUUUGUAAUCCAGACAGAUCUCUAGCAAAGCUGCUCUGUGCACUCAGGGCUGUCUCAGCUGUGCGGGCUCCAUGCUAGUAAGUGCUAUGACUCUUCCAAAGCAGUCAGUUGUGCUCAGGGUACUGUGUGCUGUCAGUGAGUGGUGUCAAUGGAAAUGGGAUUAUGACAUGGCAAAGAAUUUGACGGGUCCUGUGUUAUGAUGGCUUUUUGAAGGUGCUUAAAGAUGUAAACCCAACUGAAGCUGUUAUAAUUUUUUGCUAGGGUGAGAGAGGUUGUCACAAUUAAUAUUUAAGCUCAAUUUGUAUCCUAGAUACAAUGUCUGAUAGUUUUUCUCUGACGUGAACAAGGAGUGCAUUUGGUUAGAGUUUACAAAAAUAGAAAUUUAAAUCUGAGAUCUGAAUCAGAUUCAGUCAUAUCUCAUCUUCUCACUGGCUUUGGUAUAGUGUGGAGGUACCUGAACUGCUUCUGAAUAGGAUUCCAACAGCUGCAGCAGCUAGGUACAUCUGGCAGAUAACAGCCAAUUAACCCACUGUCACAGACGUGAGGGAGAGUGCAGGGAUAUGCCUGUGCCUUGCUGAAACGCACAAAAACUGUCACUUGUGUUCAACCGUGACAGAAUUUCCCCUGCUUCUCUACUGAUUUUUCUAGACUUGCUCUACAACGUAGUUGAAAUUCAUGUUAGCUUUUGUCAGUGUCCUGAUUGCUGAAUAUGCUGCAUAAAUAAAGUCAUCAGAGCAGUCCUGUAAGCUCAUGUAGUGACCUUACUUCCAGUAACUUCCAACACUUAAAAAAUUAAUGUGGGACAAGACAAAGAAUGGUUAUCAAGAAGAGCAAUGGAAAGGAUGGCUUUAAUUUUCAUGGGUAAACAAUAUUUUAUCCUUCUCUGACAUUUAUUUUCGUACAAAGUAACUUUCCUUAAAGGCUGCAGUUACUUUGCUUGUCAAAAGAGCUAUGAGUAUUUUUCAUUUAAAGAGGUGUUUCAUUUAUCCAGCAUUUGGAGGAACACUGCGUUGCAACUACUCUGUUUGCUCUUGGUAGCUUGGGUGAUUUCUUAAACUUUUCAAUUUUCAUUUAUAAAACCAUUUUUUAAAAUGCUGACAAUCUUUAAUAAAAUCACAGAGCUGCUUUUCUUAUAAGUAUUGACCUUCGUCUAGGCUGUUUACAGUGUAGUUUACAGUGAAUUAUUAUUCCAGCAGGGAUUUUUUUUUCAGAGUCUUUUUAGAGCAUGGUGGUCUCAUCAGCUGGUGAUAUAAAAAGUGAAUGGUUUCUUCCUUAAAUUUGGUACUUGGUAGUUUUUGCGAAUGGGUUGCAUAGGAGGGUGGGGUUGCAUAGGAGGGUGAUACACAAGCAAUUCUACUUUAUUCAUCAUGUGCUGUAUAAAUUUCAUGGUGCAAAUCUCUCAUACUUUCUGUGCAUUGCGAGCUCUCAGUGUUUUGAUCCUACAUUGCUUGAACUGAGGCGCACCAAACUAUCACCAAAGUCAGCCCAUCAGUAUGGAAAAGAGUUUUGCACUAUGAGCAAAUAAAUGUGAGAAAUGAGAAGUUUAAAAAUUCUGUGUAAGAUAGGAUUUAGUUCUUGGAAGUAAGUUUCAAGGAAGCGAACAAUCAAUGUGUUAGGCAGAGAGUUUGGGAAGUGUAGCAAAACCUGAUCCUUGGUGUAGACUGAGCUAUCAGGAUUGCAGAAUAUACAUCAAAAUUAAUGAUCUAAAUUACCAACUUUCUCUUCACUUUGAAAGCAUUCUGCUCAGAAAUCACCAAGAGAAUUGUAAGCACUGUGUUAAUGUAGCAAGCUUCACUGAACAGCAGUGAAGCACGCAGAUUGAGUGGAAUAAAGUUUUGCUAAGAACGUACUGCUGAAGCGCUGCAACGAAGAGAUCCAGAAUUUAUCAAGGUGUGUGAUUUAUGGUGAAUUGCUGCUUCAAAUCUGAAACCUCUCAGGGCUUUUAAUUUGUGAAAUUAAUGGUUUAGAUUCCAUAGUUGAAGCAGCGUAUACCUACAAAAGUUUAUCUUGAAAUAAAUAUAUUCAGGCAUCCAUAAGUGAAAUUAUUUGACAAAAUAUCUAAUUACAUGUUUGUUUUGCAUUCAUUUGCUCGUUUAAUUUUUUCUUAAGAUGAAAUCUAGAAGUCAGUGUCAGUCUUUGAAACUGAGAAUUUUGCCCAUGCCCUCUGACCUACGGGGUAUAUAUGAUAAAAUGUUAUUUGAGAGUGACUCACUCCUGUCUAAACCAAAGCAAUUAGAAACGAAACAAACAAUUUGAAGAGAAGGCAGAGGAAGGUGAGAUAUUUUAUGCCACAUGUGGUUUGCAAAUAUAGGGGUUGGGAUUUAUUCAAAGUGAUUCACCAUCUGACAGGGGUUUAUUUUGUUUAUUUUUCUUCUGUUUUCAAUCUAGUCUAGUAUUACAUCAAUUGUCAUAUAUGCGUGGAUAACAAAAGUCUAUCCAAUAUUGUAGUCUGGUGCAGAUUUACUUUUUGCUGCAUUUUCAUAUAUAUAUGUGUGUGUGUGUAUAUAUAUAUAUAUAUAUAUACAUAUGGAGUUAUGUCACUGUCCUUUCUUAAAAUUUCCUUUAAAUGGCAUUAGACCCAUCACCCUUCACAGUGUCCAGUGUGGAAAUGAGCUUGCAAAAACAGGUGUGCAUACAAAAAUACAUAAUAUUAUAAUCUGUUACCACCCCUAUUUUAAGACACCUGGAGAUCUGAAGCGUUUUGAGAAACAGAGCCUGUGGUUUGGCUGGGACUGUUGGACAGGGACUUUCUUCUGAUUUCUCUUGUGAAGCUCUCUUUUAUCUUGUUUGCUUCUCAAAGAUGGGCAACUUUCUCAAGUUCUCUGCAACUGUGUAGGAAUCCUUCCAUAAGAGAGUAAGGGGAAGAAGGAAUUUAUCAUUUAAGGAAUGUUAUUCCUUAAAUUUCUCUGUAAUUCUUAAUUAUAGACAGCAAGGGUUAUGUUGGCUGGGAGUUUACAACCUGCUUAUUCCUUUGUGGGGAAACAUUUAUAUUCUUUUGAGGAGCUGAAAGGGUGAGGAAACUGACACAAAAGAGCAAGUGAAAUUCAUGAGUUUUCCAAUAAUCUGUGUGGUCAGUGAUUCACAGAGGCACAUUUAGUCUUACAAUCCAAAUCGUUUUGUUUUGUGAUGGGAAAUUCCAGGAAUAUAUGUUCUGAAGAUAGUAACAUCAACUUCUAUGUGUAAUAAGUCAUCGUUUUUUAUUCUUGCUUGUCUUAGGAUAUGUGAAUUUUGUUGGAUAAAUUUGGUCCCGAGGGCUUGGAUUCUCAAAGCAAAUAGCUGAGCUGGAGCAUUUGGUGACAAGCACUGCUGAUGACAUAAAUUGUUUUAUAAAGUUGGCCUGCUGUGAAACAGCUUGGCUUAGGAGCAAUGUUCAUUUGAGCAGAUCCUGACUUCAUACAUCAGGUUCUCUGGGGCUCAAAGGAUAGACACAUUUUAAAUUCUAUUUUUGUGAAAGCAAAGUGAACUUCCUGUAACUAUGGACAGGAGGAGUUUAUUUCACAGAGAAUUUGUCUACAGGAACAAAUUAUGAUAUGGAAAGUCUAAUCCUUUUCAUGUGUGAAACGUCUUAGCAUGCAAAAAAUGCUGUUACAUUUAAAUUAUUCUUCUCAAGAUCUUUUUUCCAUAGUUAUCCAAAUCCUCUCAUUCUGGUUUCACCCCUUUACUGCAGAAAAU